AGUGCGAUGUGGGCGAUAAGCAGUCUGGUUCCGGCCCGAUUCCUCACCCUUAUUGCUCACCUAGUCCUAGUCAUCAGUAUAUUCUGGUCAAGGGAGAACAAUGUGAAAGCUUGUCUGCCGUUGACGUAUACCGUCGAAGAAUAUAAUUUAGAGGACAUAAGGCUGGUGGUGGGCUUAUCCGUGACCCUGGGGCUGUUUGCUUUAGAACUCGCCGGGUUUUUCUCCGGAGCCUCCAUGUUCGACAACAAUCAAGGACUUUUAUCUACAGCGUGUCAUGCAAGCGGCUCUGUUGCACUGCUUUUCUUUCUGUUUGAGCAGUGGACUUGUAGCAUCUACUGGUGGAUCUUCGGCUUCUGCAGUGUAAUCCCAGCCUUGUAUGAGAUGAUCCUGCUUAUUGCUGUUUUUGGUCUGAAGAAGAAGCCACUAUGAAUGCACCAGUGGUAACAAAAUCUCCUUUAUGGGAUAACUGAAGAUUAUGUUGCCAAGCAACAGGGCUUUCUCUGGUCUGUGUAAAAGUAGAAUAUAAUAUGUUAAAUCUAAUAAUAAUAUUAAUAUUAUUAUUAAUAUUAUUAUUAUUAGAUUUAGUGUUCAGAGGACCAAAAGUGGAAUUUGAAUAGUGAGGAUUUUUUUACCUUGUGUUUUAUCUGGUGCAUCAAUAAUUUGUACUGAUUUAUAUACGUUUUCUAAUAAAAUAUUUUU